UGCACGCCACCUACAGCACGACCUCCAAAUGGGUCCUGCUAAAUCCGCUUGCGUGCGCGGUCCGCAUGGUCCGCCUCCACUGUCUCGUUUGCUUCAGAUAGAACUUUGGGCCGACUAAGCCCUCGACAUCCCAAUACAACAUGGCUAAUCUAAUUCUGUUGUUCCUUCAUUUUCUUUCUUCCUAUCCCACGUCCGCUCCUGUCAUAACCCAAAUGCCGCUUUCACGGCUCCUUUGCUUCUUUUCUUAGCUGUUCGCUCAUCUUCCUCUGUUCCUUCCACUGUUCUUCUCGACCCGUCCAUCUCGUUUCAUCAGAGACUCGGCUUUUUGGAUGAACUGAAAGGCCAGAUGGCGGCCGAUCAGAAUGACGCUUUUGACGCAAUCAACACGAGCAAGUUCAAGGAUCUGCCUCCGAUCCAAACUUCGUUUAAAGAUAAACCUUUACCGGCUAUAAGGGAACCCCCAAAGGAUAACGGGAGAGACACGCCAAGCUCGAACCGGACAGGACGAGGAUACCGACGACUGAACCCGAAAUCUAGCAUAUUCAACCUUUUCAGCAGACCAAAGGUGGAAAAGCAAAGAGGUUUCAACGAGUCUGGUUAUGCCGUCACUCCAAUCAUUGACCCCGGGCGGGCUACACCAAGUCCAGAUUUGAUUGCGCGCGAACCAUCCCCUCGUGCCAACAACGGACCGCAAACAGUACACCGUCGACCUAGCACUUCAUUGUCCGUUCGUGAGGACCCUCGAAAACUUGCCCGGAGCCGCACCCCCACUUCUGAGGAUGUCAAGGAAGAGGACGAGACGCCAUCCUUACCGACGCUGUUCGACAUCUACUCAGACUCGAGUAAAGUGACCAUUGCGCAGGCCAUUGACGAGUCUGGUACAUCUCGCUUGACCAGACCUCGGAAAUCAAACGCAUCACACAUCAUACCAGUACAUAUCCACGAGGAAAGAAGAGGCAGUGUCGACAGCAUCAAAGGCGAUCACAAGGCACAAAGCAGGAGUGGCAGGAACUCUCUCAGUCAAGGACCUUUCCAGAGAAAGAUCUUCGCUCUCUCCAACGAUGGUCUCAUUCUCCAGUAUCCUGAGAAGGGUGGAGGUGAAAGACUACCCGAACGAGCUUUACAGCUAGGACAAGAGUCUGUCGCCUUCGCAUGUGACCUGGUCCCUGGAAGGCCUUAUGUUUUGCAAGUAGAUCAAAAGCCGAGUGCUGUUUCAGAGCAUCACAUGCUUCACUCGCAGACAUCACUCCUCACAAAGAUCGGACUCAAAGAAAACCUCCCUCGUGUGGGCGAACACAGUAUACUCAUUAUCCUGGGCACUGCCGAAGAGCUCACCUCUUGGAUGAACGCCGUGAGGAAGCAGAUCGUCAUCUUGGGUGCAGUCUUGGGAGAUGGCGUGAAGCCUGAAGCUCUUGAGAAGCUAAGCACGAUAGCACCAAAGUUGCGCAUCAAGCAACGUGUCUCCAUCAGUCAACAAGACCAGCCAGCUUUCACGAAUUUCUCGUUUCCAAAGGCCAGUCCUGAAAUAGGAUCCGCAGGUGGACUGAGACGUGAUUCCAGUGCUGGGGUUGCGCCGUUUAUCCAGCCCGAGGUGACUGAAAUGCACUCCUACCAAAGGAGGAACUCGAACGCGACGAUUUCUCGCAAGCCCUUACCAGAGCGUGACGGUAUUGAUAGACUUAGGAAGAUGGCGUCUUUCGACACAAAUGACUCGCCUCUUUCUGUCACUACUCACGAUUCAGCUGUCAGUUUCGGCAUGAGUGCUGGGAAGCGCAUGCUUCGUGAUAAGAAUGCAUCCCAAAAGUCCUCGAUAGGGUCUUUGCAUGACGAAUUUGAUACUGAUAGUCCAGUUCUUCCAAGAUCUGCGACGACUGGCCAGCUCCAACGCCCAAAGCCAAACCCCAUCAUUGGCAGACCCCGUCCUGACUCAUUUGUCGCCGACUUCCCCCUACUCUGGCCAGCACGUAAGGUGUCUGAUGGGUUGUCAGCGUCAACCACUCAGCAAACACCUUCGCCGCCUAUGAAGCGCUUGCCUUUGAAAGUCAACCCGUCCUCGAACGGCACAUCCCUACCUCGACAAAGACCUUCACAAUCGCCUCAUAAGCCGGCGCCUCCGCCGACAAGAGCGCUACCAGCCAUACCAACAAUGCCCUCGAGGCCGGUCGAUAGAUCUGUUGAGAAUUUCUCUCGCAAGCCUCAACGAACGCCUUCGAUCAAGCUCUCACUCUUCCCCAAUGCUGAUAAUGUGGCCGCGCCAACAUCGGCUCCUUCUCACGCCAAAGCCCUUCCACCCUCACCAGUAGAUGACAUGGUACGAUCUCAAGAUCGUCCUCUUCGUAGACCAGCCAGCAUCCAAAUUCGUACCAACCAUGCCCCGUUCCUCUCUUCAGUCCGACCCAAGACUGCCGGAAAUCGCCCUCAUCUUACCAAGGCUGAAUCUGUACCGUGCCUCCGUGGUGUAGCUAGUCUACCCAGGGCUCCUAUGGUCCAAAAGCCCUCCUCGUCGCCGCUGCCACCACUUGAUCUAGGCAUGCCAAUCCUCGGUCUAGCACCACCCGCACCGCCUCCAUCACUCCCACUUCCCAAGCUUCCGCCUGGUGCGCAGCCCAAGGCAGUGGCAGUCUGAUACUACAAUUCUACUCUCCCUCUUUCUGUUGCCCCUUCUCAAGUAAAUAUCAUGAUCAUGGGUUUGGGAUAAUGUCUUUGUUCGAAAUCUUCUUUUCUUGGCGCUAAGAAUGCUGGCAUUUUCAAAAAAAAAAACCUCUUUUUUUACGAAUGAAUUUUAUGAUUGGGGGACAUUAAAAAUUUGCUCUUUGCUAGGUGAAGCAUUGUUGAACUUGUAGAAACUUUUUUAGAUAGCUCCUUUUCAAUUACUACAUUGUUGCUAUGGGAGAAUAGGAACUGUUACAUGACGAAUCAGG